AUGAGAAACCUAAAGAGGCAAGUGGGACAGCAUGCCAAUGAUUUGAAGGCGAGACCGCAAGGCUCUUUUCCUCGGCAUACUAAAGUUCCAAAAAGAGAUGGAAAAGAGCAAUGCAAGGCGAUAACUUUGAGAAGUGGAUUGUCUUACGAAGAACCAAAGAUGCCGGUUGAGGUAGAGAAACCUUCCACAUCAAUUCAAAAUGCCCUUAGUGAAGUAGAGACUGAAAAAACUACCUCAAGCAAGAAAAACCAAGAAACUCAGUUUAGAAAGUUUUUAGACAUCCUCAAACAACUUCACAUAAACAUUCCUUUAGUUGAUGCCUUAGAACAAAUGUCGAAUUAUGCUAAGUUCCUAAAGGAUAUUGUAUCUAUAAAAAAGAAGUUAGGUGAACAUGAGAUGGUAGCUAUGACCAAGUGUAGUAGUGAAGCUGUAGGUAGCCCUUUGCCCAUACAAUGUAAAGAUCCCGGCAGUUUCACCAUCCCUUGUCCUAUUGGAGGAAAGAAUUUAGGUAGAGCUUUAUGCGACCUAGGUGAUAGCAUUAACCUAAUGCCCCUAUCUGUUUUCAAAGAAUUAGGCAUAGGAGAAGCUAGACCCACUACAGUUACCCUCCAAUUAGCGGAUAGAUCCAUUAAAAAGCCUGAAGGAAAAAUAGAAGAUGUUCUAGUUUAG